GUCUCAUCGUACCUUGCCCUAAAACGGGUGUCCACUAUCUUGCCGCACCGGCACCCCGUCAUUAAGUACCACUACACAGUAUUGCGCGAUCCUUGGUUGUCCUUGGCUUCUGAUCACCACCUCUCCUUGCCUUCGUACAAUCAUCAUGGGUACUCCAACCGAAACGCUCCACCCGCCGAGGCUGGCGCACACGUUUAUCGGGACACCCAGUGCACCUGGCACUCCCGUUCAUUCCAUCCAGACAAUGCGCAGAAAGUCGGCUGGUCACAGCGGUCCUCUCACGAAGAUCCUCGUUGCCAACCGUGGUGAGAUCGCCAUUCGGGUAUUCCGUACUGCCCAUGAACUGGCUAUGCACACUGUCGCAAUAUACUCUUACGAGGAUCGCAUGUCUGCUCACAGGCAGAAGGCCGACGAAGCCUAUCAAGUCGGCAAAGGUCUCACUCCUGUCGGAGCAUAUCUUGCUCAGGACGAUAUCAUCAGAAUCGCACUCGAGCAUGGCGUCGACAUGAUUCAUCCAGGCUAUGGUUUCCUGUCCGAAAAUGCCGAAUUCGCGCGAAAGGUUCAGCAGGCUGGUAUUGCCUUUGUCGGACCCCCACCCGAGGUCAUUGACAACUGCGGAGACAAGACAAAGGCGCGUGAAUUAGCUGUGCGCGUCGGGGUGCCCGUUGUACCGGGUACACCUGGUCCCGUCAAGUCCUCCGUCGAAGGCGAAGCCUUCACAAAGGAAUAUGGCUUCCCAGUCAUCAUUAAAGCAGCCAUGGGAGGAGGUGGCCGUGGUAUGCGAGUUGUUCGCGAACAAUCCGAAUUCCAAGCCGCAUUCGAACGCGCCGUGUCUGAAGCCAAAUCUGCUUUUGGCGAUGGUACUGUCUUCAUCGAGCGUUUCCUGGAGCGCCCGAGGCAUAUCGAAGUUCAGAUCCUUGCCGAUACUGUCGGGAACACUAUUCACAUGUUCGAGCGUGACUGCUCUGUGCAGAGACGUCAUCAAAAGGUCGUCGAAGUCGCUCCUGCUACAAACCUUCCCGAAGAAGUUAGACAGGCCAUCUUGAAUGAUGCCAUCAAACUCGCCCAUGGCGUUGGCUACAGGAAUGCAGGAACUGCGGAGUUUUUGGUCGACCAGUUGGGUAGACAUUACUUUAUCGAGAUUAACCCUCGUAUUCAAGUCGAGCACACCAUCACUGAGGAAAUUACUGGAAUCGAUAUCGUCGCUGCCCAAAUUCAGAUUGCGGCGGGUGCCACUCUUCCCCAGCUUGGAUUGACUCAGGAAGCCAUUUCUCGCCGUGGAUAUGCUAUUCAGUGCCGUGUAACCACGGAAGACCCAGCCAGGGGAUUCCAGCCUGAUACAGGAAAGAUUGAAGUAUACCGCAGUGCGGGUGGUAAUGGUGUCCGCCUUGACGCCUCGUCGGGCUUCGCAGGCGCGCAAAUCACGCCUCACUAUGAUAGUUUGCUGGUCAAAUGUACUGUCAGUGGCACGACCUACGAAGUCGCGCGCCGCAAGAUGUUGCGUGCUCUUGUGGAAUUCCGUAUUCGUGGUGUCAAGACCAACAUACCGUUCUUGUUCCGUCUUCUGACACACGACGUCUUUAUAGGAGGAAAGACUUGGACAACUUUCAUCGACGAUACCCCGGAGCUCUUCAAACUCGUCCAGAGUCAAAACCGUGCCCAGAAAUUGCUCGCUUACCUCGGAGAUCUCGCUGUCAACGGAAGCUCUAUCAAGGGUCAGAGUGGCGACCCCGGUCUGAAGGAGGAGAUCGUUAUCCCAAAACUCGAAAACCGCGACCAUCCAAGUGGAUCACCUCUCGACACGUCUUUCCCCUGCCAGGUUGGGUGGCGCAAUAUCAUCGCGGAACAAGGACCUGAGGCAUUUGCGAGAGCGGUGCGCGAGUACCCUGGCACGCUCAUCAUGGACACGACAUGGCGAGACGCACACCAGUCCCUCCUUGCUACGCGUCUACGGACGAUCGACAUAGUAAAUAUCGCGAAGGAAACAAGCUGGGCACUUGCGAACGCGUACAGUUUGGAAAUGUGGGGAGGCGCAACAUUUGACGUUGCGAUGCGCUUCUUGUACGAGGACCCGUGGGAGCGUUUGCGCACGCUCAGGAAGCUGGUGCCGAACAUCCCCUUCCAGGCCCUUGUUCGUGGUGCAAAUGGUGUAGGCUACACUAGCUAUCCCGACAACGCUAUCUACGAGUUUUCCAAGAAGGCGGUGGAGAACGGCCUGGAUAUCUUCCGUGUGUUCGACUCGCUCAACUACUUUGAGAACAUGAAACUCGGGAUCGAUGCCGCCAAGAAGGCUGGUGGUGUCGUUGAAGCUGUUGUAUGUUAUAGCGGUGAUGUCGCAAACCCCAGGGAGACAAAGUACACCCUGCAAUACUACCUCGACUUCGUUGAUCAGCUUGUCCAAGAAGGCAUCCAUGUUCUUGGUGUCAAAGACAUGGCUGGUUUGUUGAAACCCGAGGCUGCCAGACUUCUCAUUGGAACCAUUAGAGAAAAGUACCCCGACAUUCCAAUUCAUGUGCACUCUCACGACACUGCUGGAAUUGCGGCCGCCAGUAUGAUUGCAGCUGCAGCUGCUGGUGCCGACGUCGUAGAUGUUGCAAUUGACAGUAUGUCUGGGUUGACAUCUCAGCCCUCCAUGGGUGCUGUUUGCAUGGCCCUGGAACAAACCAAUCUUGGCACGGGUAUCCGCUACGCCGAUAUACAGGCCCUCAACAAUUACUGGACGCAGGUUCGCAUACUUUACAGCUGCUUCGAAGCCAAUGUCCGCGCAUCGGAUUCCAGCGUGUUUGAGCACGAAAUGCCAGGAGGGCAAUACACUAACCUCAUGUUCCAAGCUUCUCAGCUGGGUCUGGGAACGCAGUGGACAGAAAUUAAGAAGAAGUAUGUGGAAGCUAACGAGCUUUGCGGCAACAUUAUCAAGGUCACGCCAUCAUCCAAAGUUGUUGGCGAUUUCGCACAAUGGAUGACGCAGAACCGUCUUGGCAAGGAGGACGUCCUAGCACGCGCUGAUCAACUUGACUUCCCUUCUUCGGUUGUCGAAUUUUUCCAGGGCUAUCUUGGACAACCAGUUGGAGGCUUCCCCGAGCCGCUUCGUACCAAAGUCAUUAGGAACAAACCUAGAAUUGAUGGGCGUCCGGGAGCCACGUUGUCUCCACUGGACUUCAAGAAGAUCAAGGCUGAGUUGCGAAGCAAGUACGGGAAGCACAUCACAGACACCGACGUUUCCUCAUACGUCAUGUACCCCAAGGUGUUUGAGGAAUACCAGGGCUUCGUGCAGAAGUAUGGAGACCUUAGUGUCCUUCCCACACGGUACUUCUUGGGUCGUCCUGACACUGGCGAGGAGAUGCACAUCGAAAUCGAAAAGGGCAAGAUGCUUAUCAUACGCUUGAUGGCCAUCGGACCUAUUGUCGAGGGCCGUGCCCAGCGCGAUGUCUGGUUCGAGGUCAACGGCGAGGUCCGGGCUGUCGCCGUCGAGGAUAAGAACUCUGCCAUCGAAACAGUUUCUCGGGAGAAGGCAACUUCCGAGUUGGGCUCGGUUGGAGCUCCGAUGUCGGGUGUAGUUGUCGAAGUUAGAGUGAAAGAAGGCCAGGAGAUCAAGAAGGGCGAUCCUCUAUGCGUCCUCAGCGCUAUGAAGAUGGAAUCGGCUGUGACUGCCCCUGUUGCUGGUCACAUUAAACGCGUUGUCGUCCAUGAAGGUGACUCUAUAAACCAGGGAGAUUUGGUGGUGGAUAUAGUCCACUAAAGAGGUAGCCAAUCAAACUGAACAAGCAAUAUAUUCAAAACAUGUUCCAACUGCACGUGUUGUACUUAAACUGUAUCACGAGACCGUUUUGUAACGAGCAAAUAUAGACCAGUUCAAGGCUGAGUAACUACUUGGCAGCCGACACGAGCAUGGAGAACCACUUGUUAGUUCUUACAGUUUUGUCUUGCAAGCCAAGUUUGGACCGCAACGGAUUUUGAACUGGAGUUCUUGGAAUCGGUCCCCUUACCAUUGAGAUUGGUUGCUCCAAGCAGAGGGCCUGCGGUCACUUUCUGUGAGGGAAACGGUGAUCCUGGCGAGGCA